AUGGCGCGUGGCGGCUGGGUGGCCGCGGUCAUCGCAUCCACGCUCGGGGACGCCGCCUUGCGCGCCCCGAGGGCGUCAGCGCUGACGCAGACCCGGUGCCGCUGCCCCUCCGGCGCGCGGGAGCGGCGCGGCGCGAACGCUGGCGGCUCGGUGCUGCGGCAAGGUGUCCGGGAGUCGGCGCCCCGAGCCGCGCGCGGCCAGCUGCUCCGCAGGGCAAAGAAGCUGCCGCGAGUCCGCGAGCACCGAGGGCCCCUGAGCCAGCUGCGCGGCCGCCCGCCCCGGUGGCAGCCGGUCUUCUGCGUCCUGCGCGGCGACGGGCGCCUGGAGUGGUUCGGUCGCCAGGAGUGGGGGCCCGAAGCUCGGCCCGCCCCGCCCCCGCCCCGCCCCCGCACCCCUCCCCCGGUGGAUUUUGGGCCAGACUACCUCGUGCUCCUGGCGCCCUCGCCCGGCUGCCCCGAGGGCCGCGCUGGGGAAGAUCCCGACGCCCUCCUGGAAGUGCCCGUGCGCUGCCCCCUGUUCCUGGAGCACCCCUUCCGGAGGCACCUCUGCUUCUCGGCCCCCACCAGGGAGGCACAGCGUGCCUGGAGGCUGGCCCUGCAGGGCGGCAUCCGGCUUCGGGGCACAGUCCUGCAGCGAAGCCAGGCCCCCGCCGCCCGGGCCUUCCUGGACACCGUCCGCCUCCACCGGCAGCAGCAAGGCCACUUCGGCGACGACGACGUGACCCUGGGCUCGGACGCCGAGGUGCUGGCCGCGGUGCUGAUGCGGGAGCUGCUGCCGGCGCUGCGGGCCCGGACCCCGCCCAGCCUGCCGGGCGCCGGCCGCGCGCGCGCCUGGGCCUGGACCGAGCUGCUGGACGCCGUCCACGCGGCCGUGCUGGCCAGGGUCUCCGCGCGGCUGCGCGCCUUCCAGCCCGAGAAGGACGAGCUGCUCGCGGCGCUGGAGAGGACGAUCCGCGCGGACCUCGACCACACGCUGCAGCUGCGAGCUCGCGCGGCGGGCGGCCUCCAGACGGGUGUCCAGGGCCUGCUCGAGUCGUGCCUGCGCCGGGAGGUGGACGCGCAGCUGCCCCGAGUCACGCGGACGCUGCUGCGCACGGUGGAGGCCGCGACCGCGGCGGUGCGGGCCCUCCUGGCCCGGGGCGUGGAGCGCCUGUGUGGCCGCCUGCGCCAGGACCCGUCGGGCGCGCGGCUGCGGCGGGAGGUUCACGCGUUCGGGGAGAUGCCGUGGGACCCGGAGCUCAUGCAGGCGUGCUACCGAGAGGCCGAGCGGGCCAAGGGGCCGCUGGGGCAGCUGGUGGCGCCGUUUGGCUUCCUGGGGACGCAGAGCCUGGUGUUUGGGGUCCAGGACCUCGCACAGCAGCUCCUGGCGGACGCGGUGGCCACCUUCCUGCAGCUGGCCGACCAGGCUCUGCCCACGGGCCUGGCCUGCGACCAGGCUGCCCGGCAGCUGGAGAAAGUCGGGGGGCGCGUGCUGAAGAAGUUCGAGUCGGACAGCGGCUCGGGGCGGAGGGCGUUCGUGCGGGGCUGGGCGCUGAGCGUCUUCCUGCCCUUCGUGCUGCGCCGGCUGGAGGCGAGCCGCGGACAGGAGCUGCCCGAGAUCGAGGGUGACGUUCUGGCUGUGGGCGGCCAGGCCCUGACCACCCAGGGCAUCUACGAGGGUGUCAUCCGGGAGGUCUUGCUGGCGAGGAUCGACCGAGAACUGACGAGGGCCCUUGGUGCCAGUGACGCGUCCUGUUCUCCUGCUGGCGGCCCAGAGGCCGAAUGGGAAGAGGAGGAGGAGGAGGUGAGGACCCCACGGGAAGGGAUGUAG